AUGUCUACCAAGCUCGACAAGCCUCUUGACGAGAUCGUCACCGCCCAGCGCCGCAACUCUGUCCGCCGCCGCUCUCUGCGACGCACGACCGCUGGCCGCCCUACUGCUACCGCCCCUGCCGGUGGUGUUCAAAAGACUGCCGCAAGGGCUAACCGUGGCAAUGCCGCAAAGGCCACUCCCGCCAAAGCUGCUAUUGCCCAUGGCGAUAGCAAGGUCAUCGUCAGCAAUUUGCCCAAGGACGUGACGGAGAAGCAGAUCAAGGAAUACUUUGUCCAGUCUGUCGGCCCCAUCAAGAGGGUUGAGCUGUCCUACGGCCCCAACUCCCAGAGCCGAGGAAUCGCCAAUGUUACCUUCAGCAAGCCUGAGGGUGCCUCAAGGGCGCUGCAAUCUCUCAACGGAUUGUUAGUAGAUGGCCGCCCCAUCAAGAUCGAAAUUGUUGUUGGUGCUGCUCAAGCCGAUAAGGUCAUUCCUCCGGUCAAGAGUCUGGCUGAGCGUGCAACUCAACCCAAGGCUCAGCCCAGAUCUGCCGCUGGCAAGAAGCAGAACAUUGCUGCAUCCAAGGCCACUGGUCCCAAGGGAGCUGCUGCUGCUAAUGCCAACAAGAAGCGACGCGGCCGCAAUGCUCGCCCGGCCAAGAAGACGGCCGAAGAGCUCGACUCAGAGAUGGCUGAUUACUUUGUCAAUGCCAACAACAACGAGGCUGCCGGUGGCGCUCCUGCCGCUGCUCCUGCCAACGGAGAUGCUGCUAUGGAGGAUGAAAUUAUGUAA